AUGGCACACAGUUGGACGAUCUCAUCGUCGCGCUUCCAGCUGCUGCUUCUGCCCUUGGUUGUCACUCACGCACUUGCCCAAUCCAGCUCGACAGUCCCUUCCAGCCCUUCCUCGCCACCCUCCAGCCACACGCUGGCAGACAACGCGAGUGUCCUCGCCACCCUCCAGUCGCACCUCAUCACGUGCACGUACUCGAAAGUCAAAGAGUGUAUCAAAGACCCGGCAGUCCUGUCGCACCUCGGCUCGCUCGUGCGUGCGCCUGGCCAUUGCGUGGCCUUCGAUUCCGCCUACGUCGACGUCUCAACGCCGAGUGCUGCGGUUCCCAACCGGUACUACCCGACAUCCGUCGAAGCCGCGUACGACGCUGGCUUUGCCAACCGGUUCUCCGAGUGGUCACCCGUCAACCGCGAGCACUUUCAAGUGGACUGUCCGCUGCUGUACCAUGAGGUCAUUGCCCAAGGCGACGACAUGCUGUGCUGCACGGAGCAACAGUACACGGGGUUGUCUUCCCAAGUCCGGAUGAUCCCUGGCUUGUGCUCGGCUUGCAAGGAGAACCUGCGCAACAUCUUCUGCCAGUUCACGUGCAGUCCAAACAACAGUCUCUUCCUCGACGUGAAGGAAGUGCGGAUCAUGGACGGCGACGAUGACCAUCGAGGAGCGGUCUUCCCGGCCGUCGAAGAAGCGACGUAUUACGUCGGGAACGACUGGAUCCGCGACGUGUACGACUUUUGCAAGGACGACAGCUCGUUCUCGCUCUUGUGCAACCCGAAUCAGGACUGCACCGACGGCUUUGGGCUCAUGGAGUACAUGGGCAAAUACGCCUUCAACAGCAUUGGCUCUCCGCUUCAGAUCAACGUGACGACGAUGGACAAACAGACCGACUCGAUGCAGAAGAAGAGCACGUUCUGUCACUGUGACAACGUGAACGCGACCGAUUGCAUCUUGCCCAUGAACAACCGAAUGACGUCGUGUGUCGGUGUCUGUGGCUCGCUGUGUGCAGUGGACUCGACGGAUGACCGCACGUAUACGGAGUCUUGCUUCGGAGCUGCUGGGACGCUGGCCACGUCUCCAUCCGAUAGCCAAAGUGGGGGCUCGGAUGAUGACGUGACGUGGGCGGAACUCAAUGCGCAUCUGGCUAGGACCCUUCCAGCGACCGACUGGCUGCCACUCAACUACUUCCUCGUGAUUUGUGGUGUUGUGAUUGCCUCGUUCCUCGCACUGGGGUUCGUUGUCGCCUUCUGUCGUGAACGGCGAUUGCGUAUCCCCAAUCCACGCACUGCCACGCCUCGCGUUGGGCCGUACACACCGGAAUCUCAUGGUAUGGCGUAUGUCAUGGAGACUGGCACCACACGUUUGAGCUACCUGGACGAGCUCCUGACCAACAAGUUACGCGCGUGGGCCAUGUUUGUCUCGACAGGAAACAAGCCGAAGAAGAUCAUUGGUAUCGUGCUAGGCAUUGUUGCUGUCUGCGUCGCUGGACUGUACAACAUUGAGAUCGAAACGGACCCGAUCAAGUUGUGGGUGUCCACUUCCAGUACUUCGUAUCAGCAGCACAAGCACUAUGGUAAGCUGUUCAACCCCUUCUAUCGGUCGGAGCAGGUCAUUAUGGUGCCCAAGGAUGGUGGUCAUAUCUAUCGCUCUUCGAUCUUGAAAGAAGCUAUCCGUGUUCAAAACGUGGCAGCGGAUGUGAUGUAUACUUCGGAAGAUGGCGAGACCAGUAUCGCACUUGAGGAUAUUUGCUGGAAAGCCACGGGCACAGGGUGCACUGUCAACUCGAUCACGCAGUACUUCCAGAACAACAUGGAGCACUUUGAGUUCUAUGAGAAGUAUGGCUUGGAGAUGGAGCACUUUAGCAACUGCUUGUACUCUCCGACCACAUCGGACGUGGCUCUUUGCACCAAGCUAAUGAGCAGCUUGGAUAAGGGGGAUUCGGUUCCCGCAACAAUGAGCGACUGUCCUUGCUUGUCGAUUUUCGGUUCACCCAUGAAUCUGUACAGCACGUACCUUGGCGGAUUCCCUGAUGGAGCUGAAAGCAAUUAUACACUGUUUCUGGAAUCCGUCGCGUUCGUCUCGUCGUACCUGAACUAUAACUACGCUGAUGAAAGCUUGAACAAGCCUGCAAUCAAUUGGGAACGUGAGUACAUCAAGACAAUGAAGCUUGAGGCCAAGGCGAACAAAGUAUUCGAUAUCUACUUUUAUGCUGAGAUCUCGGUGCAAGAUGAAGUGGACGCAGAAUCGAGCAACGGCAUGGGUCCCGUGGCAUUGAGCUUCUGUCUCAUGAUCAUUUACAUCUCGCUAGGUAUCAAUCGCAUUCGCUUCAGCCGCCAGUUCUUCAUCUCAUCGAAAAUUGUGGCUGGCUUCUGUGGCGUGAUGAGUAUCGUGUGCGGCGUGGCAACAACGAUAGGUAUCUACGUGUGGUUUGGCGUCAAGCUUCAGCUUAUUAUUAUGGAGGUGAUUCCUUUCCUGUCGCUAGCUAUUGGCGUGGACAAUAUUUUCCUGCUGAUUCAUGCCAUGACCGAGAAAGAAGACCAGCUUCGACGUGAUCAACCGAGUCUCUUCAUUGGGCUCGAACACAACCCAAAGGCGGUUGAGGAACUCACUUCUGUACUGGUGUCCGAGAGUCUCGCGUACAUUGGUCCUAGUAUUUUCAUGGCAUCUGCUGCCGAAUCUGUGGCGUUCGCAUUCGGCUCAAUCUCAGCAAUGCCUGUCGUGUUGUGGUUUGCAGCAAUGGCGAGCUGUGCCGUGGUGAUUAAUUUCUGUUUCCAGCUGACCUUGUUCUUGUCGAUUCUCACGUUGGACAAGCGCCGCGAGCUGAGUGGAAAGUAUGACAUCAUUUUCAGGCGCGCCUCGCAAGUGAAGUUUCAGGCACCCGCAGCUGGUCUACAGAUUCGGCAAACGACGGGGCCGCUCGGGUCGUUGGAACCCAAGCCUUCUGCACCAGUAGACACCCGCCGUUCUGCAACGCCGGAGAAACGCACGCUGACCGAUACUCUCGGGCAUUGCGUUGACGUCUAUGCGUCGAUUUUGACGUACAAGAUUGUAAAGCUGCUUAUCUUGCUAUCCUUCCUGGCAUGGACGCUCUGGUCGAUUUACUCGAUGGAGUCGCUCGAACAGGGUCUACCACAGAAGGAGGCAAUGCCGUCAGAUUCCUACAUGAUUGAGUAUUUCGAUGCACUCGAUACGUACCUGGAAACUGGUUUGCCUGUGUAUUUCAUUGUCGAAGCAGGCUAUGGUCGUAACCCGGAUAAAUGGUCGCUCAACGAUGAGAGUGUGGAGACAAUGUUCUGCAAGUCGAAGGAUAUCUGUGGCACCUACUCGGUUCCGAACAUCAUGAACGCUCUGGCAAAUCACGGCAAUAAGACUAUUACCCACAUCAGUCCCGGCACGACAUACUCUUGGAUGGACGACUUCUGGGGCUUUGUAAAUCCCGACAGCGAAUGUUGCCGUGUGGACUCGACAGGCGCGUAUGUUCCGAUCGAAACUGGCAACGACACGUACACGACACUGCGUUCGGCUGAUGCCACUUGUCUGGCUACGUCGGUGAGCAUUCCUCCUGUGCCAGAGGCUCAGUAUAUGUCGCUCUUCAGUAUGUUCGCAACAGCUAGUGCCGGCACAUCGUGCUCUUACGGCGGCGGUUCCAUUUACCGCGGCCAAUUCAGCAUUGACGACGAGCCCAUUCCGACUGUGAAACUCUCGACACCAGCAGUGAAGCUCAACAGCAGUGGCUACGGGGACGAGAUCACAGCGUGGUCGUACAUGGUGAUAGGAACGUCGAACCCGACGCAGCAGCACUACAUCGACUCGUACAAGCAGAACCUGGCAGCUGCGAAUUGGAUGAGCGAGAAGACUGGUGUCGAUGUCUGGGUGUACUCGCUCACGUACGUGUACUUCGAGCAGUACCUGACGGUGAUUGACGAUGCCUUCCGGCUUAUCGGCCUAGCACUAGCAGCGAUCUUUUUGAUCACUGCCUUGUACUUAGGCAACUUGUUUUACUCGCUGGUGAUCUCUCUGCUGGCCACGAAUCUCGUGGUUCUUGUGCUGGGUCUGAUGCAGCCUCUCGACAUCAAACUCAACGGUCUGUCGAUUGUGAACCUGAUCAUCGCAGCAGGUAUUGCAGUAGAGUUCUGCGGCCAUUAUGUCCGAUUCUUUGCCAAAGCAAAAGGCACAGGCGACGAACGUGCUCGUGACGCGCUUCGUCAGGUCUCGACAUCAGUGCUUUUCGGUAUCACCAUCACCAAGGUCAUCGGUUUGAGCGUAUUGACUCUAGCCGAUUCGCGCGUGUUCAAGAAGUACUACUUCCGCAUGUACAUGAUCGUGGUGCUCUGUGGUGUCUUGAACGGCCUGCUCCUCCUGCCUGUGCUACUAAGCACCAUCGUCGACGUGAAGAACUUCUUCUUGCACCGGGGGCCACAGAAGAGUGCGCUGAGAUCAGCACCACCUAUCACUCGCGUCGACUGA